AUGAAUAUGUGCUCCAAGUGUUAUAAAGACGUGGUUUUGAAGCAACAACAGGCCCAGCUUGCUGCUUCAUCGAUUGAGAGUAUUGUGAAUGAGAGCUCCAACUCUAAUGGAAAGGGUUCAACUGUUUCCAUACUUAUUGGUGUGCAGACCACUUCACCAGAUACAGUUAUUGCAUCAACACAAGUGUCCGCUGUAUCACCAGCAACUGAGAAAAGUGAGGAGGUUAAAGAAGGUCCAAAAAGGUGCAGCACCUGUGGAAAGCGUGUUGGCUUGAUGGGUUUUAAUUGUCGAUGUGGCAAUCUUUUCUGUGCUGUUCACCGCUACUCCGACAAACAUGAAUGCCCCUUUGAUUAUCAUGCAGCUGGUCAGGAAUCUAUAUCCAAAUCCAACCCAGUUGUUAGGGCCGAAAAGCUUGACAAGAUAUAG